UCCACGUCCGCGUCCGAUGCAGACCUCUCAGGGUGAACUGCUCUUGGAGUCGUCCGGGCUCCGCGUCUGCGGCCGCCGCGUAUCGGCGCGCGGCGCCGCUCUGCUCGGCGUCGCGCUCGCUGCUUUGUGCGGUAGCCUGUGGCUGGCUGCGGGGCACGGCGCGCUGCCGGCCGGCCCUCCGGCAGCAGGCACGUCCAAGCCCGACGUCACCGCGCCGGGCAAGGACGGGGUAUGCAGCGAUCGCGAGACGUGCCUCAGCAUCGUCGACGCGUUUCUCGAGCGGCAGCCGCGGCAGUCCUUCAUGGGCGGGAAGGGCGUUGGGCUGAUGCAGACGUUCGGGCCGGACUCGUUCGACGGCGGGCCGUGUGGCGACAAGAUGUGCAAGCUCGUCGAGCCGUGCCCCAACUACGAGCAGACGCCGCACUGCCGGUUUGACGUGUACGACAAUGCACUCGCGGCAAUCUACCUCACCCGCCGCGGGCGGCUGGAGGAGGCGCGCUCCGUGCUAAAGUCGUUCUUGUACUUUUUGUACGACGACAAGGGCGCGCGCGACUCCUCGCCCUGCGGCCUCAAGCUCCUCGCCGCCUCGUACACCGACGCGCCCGCGAAGGCGGGCGACUACCAAGGGGUGGGCGUUGCCGACGGCGCCGUCGACACGGGCAACAAUGCGUGGGUCGGGCUCGCCUUCACGCACUUCGCGGCGGAGACCGGCGAGGCCUGCUAUGCCCGCGUCGCGAGGGACAUCCUCGAGGCCCUCCGGCACGACGUCUCUUGCGCCGACGACGAGAUGGGCGGAUUCGCCGCGCGCGGCCCUCCCUACCCGCACAACUACCGCUCGACCGAGCACAAUAUCGACGUCUUCUCUCUCUCGCGCGCGCUCAACUCCAGCGCGGACGCCGAGUCCGCCGCCACUUUUGUGCGCUCGAUGGCUGCGGGGCUCGCGGCCGUCGAGAUUCAGCUUGGCCAGAACCGCGUUGACGCGCAGAGCGGAGGCCAGCGCCUUGGCACCCUCUUCGCCAAUGCCGUUUCCAUAGAGCGAGAGGUUGGUCAGCACCCCGUUGCCGCGCAGCGCCUCUGCGAUCGCUUUGCCGCCCUCGGGACCGAUCUCGCCCCAGACACGUACGUCACGGGCACCGGCGACGCAGCGCACUGCGACGCCACCAUCCCGCUCGCCGCGGCGGCGGCGGACGUGCAGUUCUGGUCGCUGCUCGCGGACGCGGACCCGUCGGCGGCGCGCAAGAACGCCUCGGUCACAUUCGCGCUGCGCAACCCAGGCAGCGCGCAGCGGCAAGCGGGCUUGUGGCAGAUCGACGAGGAUCUGAUUGGCAGCCCGGGCGGGGAGGGCAAGGGGCAGGCGAUCUCCCGCGCAAGAGUGUCGAUCCGGCAGCUGCUGCAGGCGUACCAGGCGGUGCCCGCGUCGGUCCUCGGAGGGAACAUCAACGCCUACAUCAAGAACGACCACGCCGCCGACUACCCGGGCGGCUCCGACACCGGCAUCGGCUGGACCUACCUCCGCUACCCGCACGCCUCUAGAUCCGACACCCCUCUUGCGCCUUCCGACUGGCCGGAAAGCACGGACAGCAACAUCAUCGGGCCUGGCCCGAGGGCGAGGUAG